GAUGGAAAAAAAAAAAGAGAUUUCCGUUCGUGCCGAGUAAAUUGGCGGCCGCAGACCCGCAGGCCCACAGCAGCAACAGCUGCUGCAAAGGCUAUCGGCCAAGGCGAGUGUGGCAGCGCCAUUAGCACGAGUCCACUGCCAAAAGAACACGCCGCGCGCGUCACAGUAACGCACCAGCAAUCAAACGUUUAGAGCGCUCGUUUUUUUUUCUCGGUAACUGGCGGUAACCCGUCGCAGAUUACUAUUGUGCGGCUAUACGCGACCCGCGCGUACCUCGGAUUAAAGGCGUUAUCCGGUGCUGAUUCCAUUAGCACAACAAGUGGUGCCUGACGCCGUACCUCUCUCCAUUGUCUCUCCCUGCAAAGGAAGAGACUGGACGUACUACCAAAUACCACAGUAGCGAGAGUUCACUGAAUAGAUAAUAGCGCUCUAGAAAGCACUCUGCGCAAAUGGAGGGUACUUAUAUAGAAAACUGUGACCCUGGUGAGCUAUGGUGCUCAUGCGAUUUGAUGACGGUCAACUUUUCCCACUUCUGCGAGAACUGAACUUGAUAAAUUGAAUCAAUCAAGAGGAUAGUGCAAGUUUAAUAAUAAGAAAGUGACGUGCAUAGAAAAAGAAACAGACAUAAAAAGUGUUGAAUUAAAGAGCUAGCGAUGUCUGUGCGCGCCAAUGAAAGCCACACGCGUCCGACGUACUAAUCAUGCUUUCAUCCGGUUAGGAAUAGAUUGUGUAUUUAUCGAGGAGGUCAUCAUCGACUGGCACUCUAUUGACAAUAACCUCUAGAAUCCCGUAUGGUUCUUUUCUGAGGGUUACUACUGCGAUCGUUGGAGUCUUCUUCAGCAACGUUUGAUCAUUUACUUUCGACGUUUAACGCGCGACCGCGAUAUGUCGCAAGAAUGACACACUUGGGAAACACCCUGGAGGAAAAUAUACCCCCAGGACAAGAAAGACAUCAGCAGAAAAUCCGUGGCGCGAAGAGCCUCCUAGAGCUUAUAGAACGUCAAAAAAGGCGAAAAGCACUCCGUACGCAGACCACUGCAGGACUGCAAGAUGAUCAGGUUAACGUUGAUCCAUAUCAACCUAGGCAGGUUGUACAACAGAAAAAGGUAUCGGCUAAGACUAUGGUCUCGUGUAGUUCUCAGCCAUGCUUUGUGCAAACGGAGUUGCGAUGUGAAAAGUCUCUUACCGAGAUUUCUAAUCUGGGCUCUAAUGAGUCUCAUGUGAUGAUUGAGAGCCAGGUGUGCGGUACCCAGACGUUUGUGGGUAGUCCACAACGACCCCGCUCGCAUGAAAUUUGUUCAGUACCAAGCAUUUCACCACAGCAAUCUCGAACUGAAUCUGGCACGAGAUUUCGUAUGGCGGCCUGCACGAGCACCUCACGGAGUCCACGAGCAUCGAGUAGGUCACCGAGCGCAAGUACCCCGUCUAAAACUCCCAGGACACCCUUGACUUGUAGUCAACAAACGCCGCCGUCAUCACGAACCUCAACAACACAACGCAGUCCCAACAUAAAUGGAGCCCCUCUGGAAAGUCCUCAAACACCAAGGACUCCGACGGCAUGUGAGCGUAGCACUGGAUUAACAACGCCUCCACGAUUGUGUCGCUCGAAAUCGGACCCCUCACCGAAGAAAUGCGAUUUGCCUCGGAAAUCAUCUAAACAGAAGCCGCCAUCACCUAAAAGAUCUCGAAGCAGUGAUCUGCUUCAGGUGAAGCCACUGGUAAAUACCUACCACGUGAUCACCAAGGUACCUCAGAUUCGCGCACGGAAAGGAGCCCCGCGAGAGUUGCAAUCCAAGAGCAUAAAAGAGGCAUUUGUAUGGAAAAAUUAUGCUACAUCACAUCUCGCUAACAACAACCGAAAGGGUUUCAAGCCAGUCAAUGAUAGCCCAGUUAUACAGAAGGGACUCCAGCAGCAGCAAGAGUAUGAAUCACCCAAUCUGUCUCCAAUGGAGAAGGCCAGAUCGGAAGCAUCGGGAAGCGGUCUACCCACACCUCAUACCCCACCAGUUUAUAGCAUUCCGCCAAUCAGUGCGUCAAACAGUGGACGACAGUCCGUAGGGCCUUGUAACGUUCAUAGUUUUUCUACAAGCUAUAUAGAUAGAGUAGAAAAUUUAAAUGAUCCUUUAUUUGAGGAAUAUCAAAUGCCGUGUCAACAACAGCAACAACGGCCAGCAACGCAGCAGGCUAAAAAACCUCUUGUUUCCACUCGAGUUCAUUCGUCGCCGCCGAAAAAAACUGUAAGUAAGGGAAUUGCGAUGUAUGUCCCUUUGACAGAAGGUGCUAGCUUGACUCGAAUGACGGCAACAACGCCGAAGCCUCCGCGGGUGCGAAAAUACAACAGAAGCGAGGUUCUUGCGUUUAUGAAACGCAAAAGAUUAGAAAGGCGAAGACUAAUGGAAAGGCGGAAUGCGCCGCUUUUGUCUUCUCCAUGCAGUAAAAUUGGAAAAGAGAAAAAACUUCCCAUUGAUAGUGACAGGAGCGGUAGAACGCUCGCCGAGUUUAAACCUCUUUCUCAACCCGUUAAAUUGGCAAGCGAAGUUGCAGAGGUCGCCAGGAACUUGUCCAACGUUGCGUUCACAGCAAAACACGUACAUGCUAAUUCCCCUGAGCUGGAUCGCUUCACGAGACUUCUAAAUAAUUUUGACCGAGGUGUGACGGAUCUUUUAUCUAAGUGUGGAUUCGAAGAACUUUAUCUACAUGAAGCCCUCGAAAAAUAUGUAGCAAUGGAUAUGCCAGUGAAAGAGAGACUCGAGAAAGCUAUGAGACAGUUCGAAAUACUUCUUGUGAAGUUGGGUUUACGCGAAAGCAGACUUGUGGUCGAACAGAUUUCCACUGAUGGUUCAGCCCCUUCAUUGAAGACAUCCGCUGAAACAACUCCAUCCCGUCCCAGGCCCAUAAUGCUUCAAAAUGGUCUUCAGCAUACCCCUCGGCCUCAACCUACACUGAGACACUCUAAGGAAUACUUAUUUUCACCUACUGAACAUUCUCCUUUACAGGUUCCUUGCGAGGACAUCGUUAUGGAGUUAAACGUUCCUACAAAACCCAGGGUUUCAGUUGAGACCGCUGUGCAGACCGAAUCUGUAGCAAGAGAUCCAAAUUUCAUCCAUGAAUGGCGCGAUAAAUACCUCGUCGCUGGUUUGCAUUCAUCAACUCCAAAACAUCCUUGGAGCACAAUCCAAGAGCAAGUUUCGUUUAAUAAUCUCGACUUAUCGCACAUAUCUAGUGAAGAGCAAGAGGAAAAAAGUUCUAGUCCUCACACUUCGGAUACUGCCAUUAGCGAGAUAGAUGAUAGUGCUAUCGUUCAAGCAAGACAGGUGCUCCGUCAGCUGGAAGUAUCCGAAAUGAACAUCGGAAAAGCACAACAAGUUCUUAAAGAUAUUCAAAAAAUUGAAGAUAACUCUUGUGUGACGUCAAAGGGGGUACACGUGCAAGAUGCUAACCUUGAGGAUACUAAAAGAAGAAGCAAAAACAAGUCCAAUAUUAACCAGGAUUCUUCCGUUGAAAUCCUUAGGGAGUCAGGUUUAAGACACAGUCAUGGUAGCAUUAGUGCAACAUCAAGGAGUUGGAGUGCACUUAGUGUAAUCGAAGGAGACGAUAUCCUAGAAGAAGCGAAAAGAGUUCUGAAAGAGCUGGAUGUGACCCGCAGAAGUUCAAAAUUUAAGAGCCGCUUAAAUGUAUCCAGAAAUCUUAUGGAUAGUUUUGAAAAGGCUGCAUUAGAAGAUUCAAAAGAAGUAAACGAACCAAAGCGUAUCACAAGAAAUGUAGUUCCUAAAAAUGUACAAGAGGAUAAACGCUUCGCUCCAGUGACGCUCAGUUGUCUCGUCAGCAACGAAUUAGAUUUCCUGGAGGAUUGUAAUGACACCUUACUAAAAAUGAGCGAAGUUUCACGUGCUCAGUGCUACGCGUUCGCCAAGGAGACCAAUUUAGCCAAUCAAUUCUUGAAAAAGGAUCAAUACAAAAGCCCUCCUCGAGGCGAUGAGCCUGUUGAGCCAUGUUCUGCUGUUCCAACGGUUAACGACACGCUUGUCGAUGAGUUGCGCCGCAGCCUUCAAGAGGCAUUCGAUCAAAUUGAGCAACAGUCCCGCGAGAUGAGUUUGCUCAAAAAGGACAUGUCAACUUCAAAAGGUGAAAGUCCCAGCAAGGCUACAGAACUUUUGAGAAGUCCCUUGCCCACAGCUCAGUUUACCAAAACACCAGCAAGGAGUCGCACGUUAGCGUCUGCAGCUCUGCCAAGCGAAGAUGCGUUGCUGAUCGAGAGUGGUGCUCAGGAGGAAGGUAGCAUGACUUCGGGAUCUGCCCAAACCGCAAGUGAGGCAAAGUCAGUUACCUACACAAAUGAAGAAAGUUCUCGAUCGGCCUCUAGUCAGAUGACAAUAUCGGUGGCAGAGCUUAAAGGUCGUGAUGACGGUUCAAGUGCUGACUAUAAGAGGCUAAGCACAUUGCCUCUACAAAAACUCCGUAAAACAUCUGCACACGAGAAAGGAGAUCAGGACUCUGAGAGUGUCUCGCAGGAUACACGCUCGAGAAGUUCGGACACUGAAAAGUCGGCGAAGUCCUCAGUAAGCGUUUCGACUGUGAAGACGCUUAAUUCGAAACUGGAAACCCAGGAUAUUCCAGUGCGGACCAAGUCGAAAAGUUUUUCACCUGAAAAGGGUACCGUGGAUGGAAGGGAGUCACCAUCGUUGAGUACGUUAAGUAAGAGGACAGACAGUUUGACUAGCACGAUUUCCACUGAAAAGGUAAUCCACGACCAGCAACGUGAACGGGAAAAUGAAAACAGCGAUAUUGAACAAGAAACUAAAGACAUGAAGCAUCAAAUCGUUGCGGACAAAGGACAAACAGCCAAGGAAAUUUCGCCUACGACAUCUACUUUUCCUAUCGGUAGUGCACCGUUGACUUCACGGACGUCGCUGCUAUACGAAAAUGGCGCUGGAGGGGAUCCCCUUGUAUCAGCACUCGUCGAAUAUAUGGAACGCGGAGAGCGCCUUUGGGAAGAGCAUCGCUCUGAGGGUUUCCGCUUAUUGAAAGGUGUCGCUGUCGGACUCGCAGCGGGACUUUCAGCCUCUUCGGACUCAACACUCGGAAUUGCCUCACUAGAGUCAUUUCUUCUAUCAAAAAUGCCUGAGCAGCCUAAAUCAACCGAACGUAAGGACUGCCGUAGCGAGGUACAGAAACUACUAAAUCUGCUUGCGAAACGGAAAAUAUCCCAGGACAAAGUUGGCAAGGAAAAGAUAGCUUCCCAUUCAACCAGUAGUUCGGGCCAACAAUCAAGCAGCAACAGUUCCUCAGAUGAGAGUGGUGAAGUUCGUCAAGGAGACCUUAAGCAAGACGAUGCUGAAACUCAUUUAAAGAUCAAUGGCACCAAGGGCGCCAUUGAAACCUCCGUUUCCGCUGCCGGUAGCAAAGGGGCGUCACUGAAUGGCUCAGCUAAUAAUAGCAGUCGAUCAAUCAGUUUGGGAACCGCGGAUCUUAUCGAAAACGCUGACUUGAUCCGACUACUAAUUAAGCGCAAUGCAGAAGUCGCUCAAAAAGAAAAGUUCGUCAAAUAUUUAGAGCGGGAACGACAAAAAAUAGAAAGGAGAUCAGAGGCGAUUAAGAAACGAGAAGCCAAACUAGUGGCGGAGAUGAAGGCGGCAUUGGAACGCGAACGCGAAUCGAAAAUUUCGCUUGUGAGAGAUGUGCUUUCCGCCACCAAUAAAGACACGGAGAGUAUCGAGUCUAGUGUCGAGAUAAAGGAGAGGCAGUUUCGCCCCAGUCCUCGACCAAUGUCAGUACGCAAACCUCGAAGCCGCGCUGAUUCGUCAGGGUCAGAAGAUAUCGCCAGUAUGUCCGAAACAGACGCUUCUGAUAUUGAGGGUAGCCGAAGGGCACUUCGCGAUGAGCAGGAAAGAGAGAUUCGACAACUAGAGAAACUACGUAAGGUUCUGGAAACACCAGAAGCAACAAGAAGACCUGGUCGCAAGGAAAUGCUGCUCAAAAGAAUCGAGGUACUCGAGAGGCUUCUAGCCAACAACAGAGCUGCCGUGGCAAUGCUCGAAUCAGCUACCCAUGUGAUGCCCAAGAUCCGUCGUCCUCGCGUGGCUGUCAAAGAAAAGGUUGAGCGAGGUCAGGAAAGCGAGGAAAGUGAUGUGUCCGUUGCAUCGAGGGAUAGCAUUGCCUCAGAGAAGAUUCGUUCUGCCAUAGAGAAUGAUAAAGAUGAAAAGUCAUCGCACUCCUGUAAGGAUAUUUCUGCAAAGGCGGAGAGCACGACUCCGUUGGCUACGGCUGCAGGUCUAGAGAAGGAAAAAUCAAAUGACGCCGAUGCAUCUGAGAAGAGCGAUAGCUCAAUUGCCUCUGUUCAGUCGGCUACUUUAUCUCACAAAAGUAUUUCGGAAAAAUCAUUUAGCGCACCCACGAUAGAUUUAAGCCUUGGAGAUGCUAAAGAAUCGUCUAACAGAUCUGAAGAGGCUGCUAAGAAAUCUAGUGAAGAAGUCAGAACUAAAACUAUCGAGACGGUACCUGAAGACCCAGCUUCUGACACAUCAAAAUCCGAAACGGGGUCGUUUUCCGUAGAAAUUCAGUCCUCGCCAAGUAGUUCAGACAGUCCGAAUACUAAGGAGCGCAAAGUGGAUGCCGCGAUGGACAAGGUCGUACAGUCACUUAAAGAUGACACGUUUAAAGAGGUGGUGAAAGCGACUCGCGUCGACUCUCAUUCUGCCAGAAUGAUGGAACGAUUGGUUGGAGAAGCCAUUGGUGAUAUUUUCAAGACCAACGCAAUGAAGCCUACCGAAUCAACCGGUUCCGCAGAUCUUGUGUGGCUAUCUGAGGGGUUGGCCGAUGAACUUUCGCCUAUUUCAUCUCUGAAUGGAACAUUGGCGCGAAUAGGGCAACAGAUUUUUGUGGACGACGCCAGCCAGCAGGUGUGCAUCCGAAAGAUUCCCAACAAACCCCCGCCACCCUACACCCCACCUAAGGCUUCUGCGGCCUCGGACACGACUAGUCACCAGCCCAAAGCUGUGUCAAUAGCUCCGUCGUCAAGUCUCACAUCUGAACCAAGACAACCUGAGCCCGUAGUCCCCAUGACAUUAGGCGAGUUACAGACAGAAGCAUCACAUGCGGCCGAAUAUCUUUACGCGCAGUUGGCGAGUGGACAAACCUUGGAAGAAGCCAGUUACGAACACAGUCACUGUGAUGGUGUUGCCGAUAUGGCUAAACUCCAGUACGGAGAGAUGCUGUUCGAUGUGGCAAAGGAGACAGCCGAAAAGAUGUUCAGGGUGGGACGGAAUAGCCAAAACCUGUUUUUGCGCCCAUUACCACCAAAGGAAAAGCAACAGGCCUUCAUCGAUGCUCUCGUUGGAGCUGUUUUAGCCGCCGAGAAGAGUAAAAGCACCCGACCCAAGGGCAUUUGGUCGUAUAUCAAUAGUCGUCGAAUGGACUAUAUCGAUUUCAUUAUGGGCAAAGAGGUUCGUGAAGAGGAGCGCGAAUGGACAGAGUAUACACGUUGUGUCGAGCAGGUCCGCGAUCAGUUGGUGGAACAGGUGACCGCGCAUGUAGUUGACACCAACGUCAACGCUGUUCUGGCAACGCUGUAGACGAACGGCUAGAAGCAUAUCAUUACUAUUAUGCUAUUAAUUAUGUAUAUAUCGGUGUCAUUAUGGAUGGGAAUGAUUAAUUAAAUUUUGUGUACAGGAAAUACAUCGCUGAAUUGAGUAGCACGACAUUUUCCGACUUUUUGUAAUAAUAUAAAAUCAUAUCACGACAGACUACAUGAUGAGAAAAAAGGAUCAUAUAAUGGACAUGUCAGCCAUUCCCGCUACAACAUAUGUCGUCGUUCCAGUAUAUAAAAUGUUGAGAAGGUACAAUAUAGUUUAACAUAAGGGUAUAGAAUAGCUGUAAAGGCGUCAAAGACAGCAUGGAAUCGGAUGGGUACGGGGGGUAAAUCUGGUUAACAGAUAAACUCGUCGAGGGAUCGUAAUAUAGGGCCCAGAUGAGUAGUUAAUGCGCUUGUUACUCUCAACAAUAGCAAACUCAGGCUUACCACUGUGCCUUUUUCGUUUUACGAUAAUUUAUUUUCAAUUCUCUCGCUGAAAAAUAGCCGUUCUACCUCUAAACGACUGCCAUUUCCCUACUAUUAAUUUACUACCAGUUGGUGUGAUUCACAAGUCUGAUUCAAUGACGAUAGCUGUUUCACAUCAUAACAUGCGUGCAGAUAUGAAAUUUAAUAGUUGACAUUUAUGAAGUAUAUUAUUGUUUUCGCCAUAAUUAAUGUGGCAAGUAUGAAAUGAGUGUUUUGAAGAAGACUGCCUCAACAAGUAUAUCACUGCAUGUGCUUAUGCUAGCACCAGUGAUCACGACGUGCAACGAUAGGUAGCAGGAACUCGUAAUAUUCUUUUUAUGUGUUUAUGUAUAAAGAAAGAAAUGCUACGAGCACGUAUUGUGUCAAUAUAACAGUUGCACCCCCGUAAGCAUUAAACAACGCUGGGUUGCGUUUUGAUACGAAUAAAGUACAUGUAGCUCUAUUAAAUCGCCUAUGACGGGGACAAGGAUCUAGCAACUAAUAUUACCUUGUUUCGUUGACAAAUAUUAAAAUCCCACAGUAAAUCCACGCAGACUAGACAUGAUUUACAAUUACUGAGGCAGGAUGUCAAUCCUUUAUGCCGUGCCUUGAAGCAGAGCUCAAUAUGUGAAAGAGCCAUACCCAACCAUAUCAAUUUUUUAGUUUUAGACACCAGUUUUUUUCGUACCAUGCACUGAUCUAGCUAUUCAGUUAAUUUUUGAGAAAUACUCUAGUUAUCGUUUAUCGCACAAGUAUAUAUCCACUUCCCUUUGUAGUCAGUUGCUGAUAUUAUUUUUGAAAAUAUAAUUGAAUUUGUUUUCUGUCGAUUUUGAAUUUGUUUGACACUCAGUAGGGUUGUUCAGGUUAGGCGUCACUCAGGGACACGUAGAGUCGGCGUCAACGUAUUCUUCUAUUCGUUGUUUUGAAUGGACUAAAUUUAAAUUGCGCGCCGUGACGACUUCACUAUGCGUAUUGAUAUAGUAAGAAAUAGAGAUAUACACAUACUCAGACUGUGGAUAAAAAAUGUUGAUCCAGAUCAUGAAUAUAUUCAUGGGUAUAUGUAUGGACCAAUAUUGUGUCUCUGUGGCCCACUUUUUGUACAUAUCAUACAUCUCUAAAGUUUUUUAAAUAUAUCUGUUUUUGCUAAUCGCAAAUGUAUUUUUUAAAAACGUGUUUUCGAUUAAUAAUGGUAUUUGACAGAGGACAAGACUAGAUAGCAUACUGUUGAAGGACAAGUGCAACGAACCCAUAACGUUCCGAUCUCAAACACCGACGUAACCAUAAUAAUUUGUUGCCUGUUUUUUUAUAAUUUCUUCGUACCUAAAUGCAACUUUAUUAAAAUUAUCUACCACCAUUAUGACUAUCUUAAUAAACGAAGUACCUGCUUUUUUUAAUAACAUGCUUUUAUCAGAAAGGACGCAAAAAAUGCAUGUACGUCCAUGUUUCUUUAGCAGGUUUCUGUAGAAAUCUAUGGAACUUCAGCCAAAUUCAAUUAUAGAUCUUGUCAUUCUAUAGACAAUGGGAUUAAAUUACCGAUGUUAUUUUUUUACAGAAAGCUGAGGUAUUUUGGCUACAUAGGAACGAUUUUCUACGAGUCAACAACUCUUUGACAAUGGUACCAUGAGGAUUUUCCUUGAAAAGCAUUGCUACGGAUUAAUCUCUUUCAAAAAUGAAAAUUAACCCGAGAACUUUCAUCUUCAUAUAACAAUAGAAUCUGUUUGAUUUCGUAUACACAUAUAAGGUCAUAUAUAAAAAGUCAUUACGCCCUGGUACUGUUUGGUGAUUUUGUUGGUCAAUAGCAUAUCAAGCCUGCCUAUGCUGAAAUUUGUCUACCAUGUUGUAACGAUUAAACAUAAACAAAAUUUCAGCAAAUCUUAUUCCCGAUAAUGGAGUGUUCCAGCCACACUGUGUCUGUUGAAAUUGUCUUUGUUGCUGAAUAACAGCUUCGUUAAUAAUCCUGUGAUUUGGCAGAGAAAAACUAGCUUGUUUAAAAAAAAUUUGGA